AUGGCCUCGUCCUCGGCGACGUCCCACCCUACACCGGCACCCCAGGGCGUGCCUGGUGCGAGUGCUGGCGGUGGAUUCAAGCUCAAGUUCAAGCUGGGCGGACUGUCAGCCUCGGCCACCGCGUCCAGCAGCAGCGGCAGUGCCAGCACGAACCGAGUCGCGCUCGCGUCCUCGUCGGCGCCGUCGGUCGUACCGUCCCAUCCUCAUGCCCGGGCCCACGCCCCUGCUGCGAAUACGAUCCCUGUAGCAUCCACGUCGACUUUGAGCUCGUACCCGACCGUCUCGGCCGCCGGCCCGUCGAUCAUCAAACUGACGCAGCCGUCCAUCACGCUCGCCCAUCACCACCACCACCACCGCAAGCCAGCGGCACCCUCCCUCAGCGCACACCCCGUCACAGCCACUACCACAGCGACGACCACGACCACCGCAGCAGCACCCCAGCGCAAGAGAGCCUCGUCCGAUGCGUCGACCUCGACCUCGAGCUCAGAAGCAUCGGCCUCAUCCGUACCUUCGAGCCCCGUCGUAGAGCGUCCGCGUCCGUCGUCGUCUUUACCUCCGAUCGCACUCUCCUCCGCGAGACCGGCCAUCGUCCGCAAGCCCGAACCGCGCGAGCCUGAGGUACAGCACAAGCUCGACAGGGAGUUUCGAGGCGUCACCAGUGCAAAGUACCGCACGCUCAAGCGGGCUUACGACGAGGUCGUCGAGGUGAGCCCUCAUCCCCUCCCCGUCUGGCACCCGCACCCCAACAUCCACUGAUACCGAUGACGUCCGUGCACAGGCGAGGGAUCAAGCCCAAUACACGCUUCAUCGGUCACAAAAGAUCAUUUCCCGGCUCCAGGACGAGAAGCGGUCCCUGCUCGACCGAGUGCAACUGCUCGAACGUGCCGCCGGGAUGUCUACCUCGGUCGCCCAGCACGCCUCCUCAGCCUCUGAGACACCCCUCCUCGACCCGCCGAGUGUACCCUCCCUGGCCGACAGACCACGCGAGCUUCCCUUGUUGACAACCGCCACCGACAUUACCGAUUCAUCCUAUGCCGACCCCGUCGGACCCCAACUCUUGCCGUCCGACCUCCCACCGAGGCGCCGCUCCCAUCAUCUAACGACCCAUCUCGCCGCGGAGAAGCUCAAAGAGUCACCCGAAGCGAGGGAAAGGGCCGCCGCAGUAGCCUCCAAGAACGAGUUCGCCCUCGUGUCCCUUUUGGGCGCGCAGGGGGCCGAGAUCGCAGAGAAUGUGAGGAGGGCUCUGAAUGGAGAAAAAGUUGGGGUCGUGCAGGUCGUCGUCGCGGGGCCAGCAGCCUCGACAUCGACCACCACGACUUCGGGCAAGAGAAAACGCGACGGGCCUUCGUCGAACUCGAGAAAGUCGAGCAUGUCCACCGUGCAGCCCAAGUCGCACGAACACCUCAGCGCUUUGCCGAAUCCGUUCGCAGCUGCUGGAGCCACGCCCUUACCGGACCCCAUCGACCCCUUCCCCCACCUUGUUGGAGCGGACAAUGACCUCUUUGACGACUCGAUCAAUUCGCCUGCCCUGUCUCGGGAUGGAUUCGGCGCCAUCACGGACGACGAUGACCCCUACGACAUCAAGCCUGGGACGCCUUCAUCGUCGGCACUGGCCAUGCCUGUGCCUGCACCCACAAAGAAAGCUGCGCCGCACAAAAAGGCAAAGCGACAAAAGGUCUCGGUCGUCACACCAGGAGUACACACGAUCCCUUUCAUACCCCGUUAUGGCGAUGGGCAACCGAUCCUUCCUUUGCCAUUUGGGACGAUGGUCUUGCGCAAUCUUGGCACGGUCGAUCAUCGUGAUGCGUUCCAUACGGAGCGGUACAUCUUCCCCGUCGGGUACGAGGCAUCGCGGAAAUACCCAUCCAUGAUCGAUCCCAAAACAACGGUCGAAUACGUCUGCAAGGUCAUCGAAGGAGACAACAACGGACCGCAGUUUGAGGUCUACCCCGAGGAUCAACCCGGCGUCGUCAUUACGGGCACGACGGCGACUUCGGCGUGGUCCCAGAUUGUCAAAGCCGUCAACGUCAUUCGUUCACGUAGCCAAUCCAAUUCGGUCUCAGGUCCCGAUUACUUUGGACUCAGCCACAACCUUGUCAAAGCUUUGGUUCAAGAAUUGCCGGGAGCGAACCAGGUCGCGUCGUACAUCUGGCAGACCUUUGUUGAGGAUCCGGAUCCCGCUUUGGCCGAAGCCAAUAAGAAGAAGAACAGGUCGUCCGCCAGCGUCGGACCGAUGAUGGACGGAGUAGGCUUAUCUGGUCCGGGAGGGUUGAGAAGAAGCACGAUGGACGGCAUGCCAGGGGAUUACGGUCUUUCACCGAUGAUGUACCCUUCAUCCACUGGGUCACCAGGGAAUCCGAGCGUUUUCGAUCCGACCCUGCAUCAACCGCAGCAUUACGGAUCCCCCAUCCCCCAUUCAUCAUCUUCGUUCAAUCCCUCGUUGAUGCAUUCCCAUUCAGGAGCCAACGAUCCCUACGCCCUUCCAUCCGGUUCAUCCUCGGCAUCUACAUCAUCCUACUACGCUCCCGACCCGUACGCGAUCCCCCCUUCCUCGUCCAACGCAUGGGGUGUCGAUCCCUCCCUCGAUCCGACCUACGGCCAUCGAUCAAGUCAUCAUCAUCAUCCUUUACAUCAUGAUACCUCGCUCGAUCCGUCGUUUACGACUUCGGCCGGUUCACCGUCGUCGUUGAAUCAUAAUCCUUAUGGGUUGCCACCACCGAAUUUUUGA